AUUCGGUUCCCGCAAGGGGUCAAGGAGACAACUUCUGCAAAGAAACGAGUGGAAAAAAAAAAAAAAAACUUGGUCACAUUUGUCUAGAAAAAUUGCCUGGUUGAGCAACCGCCAAAGAAAUGUUGAGGGCAGAUUGAUUCCACGUCCCAGAUACAGAAUUUGCGUUAUUGUCGUCAAGCAACGCUGUCCACUGAUUUUCUAUCGCUUCCAGUUCACUCUAUCAUGAGCUUUGCAAGCGAGUACGACGAUGAGUACGGUCCAGUCGUCAGUGCCUGGGGAGAUCAGGCCAAGUCAAUCAUGUCCACGGACGAAUCCGAAUCCAAAAGGUGGGAUACUCUGAUCGAUCCGUCGGUCAAGUUAGGGCCUGCUGGUAUAGGUACUGGCAAUCUCCAUCGCAAAGGUCGUAAUUACAUUCCUGUCGAUGAAAAGGCCAUUUUGCAUCAACGAUUGAAAACGCCCAUUCCUGGUUCAAAGAAGAACAAGUUGAUCGCCAAUGCCGUCGACAAACGUACUUCGUCCAACCCAAAGCCGGCCAACAAAGAUUUUAAACACCACUCGUCUACGGCUCGAUCCAAUUCGUUCGCCCCAGUGACAGCCAAUACCACCACCACCCCGACCUCCUCGUCGCGAAUACCUCCUCGCCGUCGACCGGCUUCUCAAAUCAACAGUGCUUGGGCUGAUCCGAAAGCCUUGGCCAUUGAUCCCUUUUGGAUAUCGUCCACAUCAUCGACAUCCGAGCAGAUCGAGAAACCCGAGGAACCCGAGGAACCCGCGAAGUCUGAGAAGCCAACCCAAUUAAAGCAAGAUACCAUGGCAUCCUUUGCGGAUGCGCCUAUCUCGACUGAAGCUGACGCGAACCAUGCCGCCGGAUGGAACAAUUUAGCUCCGGAGGAAACUCCAUCGUGGCUUCGAGCAGAACAAGAGCUUAUUAUGGCUCAAAAUGCAGCAACUUUAGAUUAUGGACAGAUAAAUCGUCCGUCGUUUAUGCAGCCAAAUUCGGCUUUAGCAGCUAACCCGCUACUGCGUAAUGAUGUGACGAAUAUGCGCAAACCGCCGGGUCUGUCGCCUAUCCAUCUGUACGAUCAAUUACCGCAGAAACCUUCCUUCAUGUCCAACGGUGGAUUAUCUUCCAGCAAUCCCGUCAUUGUCAUUGUGGAUAUUGAGCUACAAGAAAAUCAUCACGUUCCUGUUAGCGUACGCCUUUACGACGAUCCUGUGGUCCUGACCAAACUCUUCGCGUACCAGUAUAACAUUUCAUCCACCAUCAUAAUCAGUCAUUUAUUACAGAUGUUUACACAACAAAAAGCACAAGCGCUCGCAAAGCGUCAGUAUACCUUGCAAAACUACUAACUAAAAAAGUCCCCCCAAAAAAAGAUCUCAUCAUUAUCAUCGAUCUACUUUAUUGACAUCAUUUCCCUUUGCUACUGUUGUUGGAAGUAACCGAGCAUUUAUGGAAGCAAAUAAAUAAUACCAAGAUUUCCACGC